AUGAAUGGAAUCCGCAAGGGUAUUACACGACGAAGAGGCGCCUGUGAGCCGUGCAAGGCGCGAAAGACUCGCUGUGAUGGCGGAAAUCCUUGCAUGCACUGUCGGAGCAGCUCCCAGAGAAAGGAUAGCUCGUGCACCUAUUUACGAGGGCCGGCAUCAACAAGGUCCAUCUCCACGCCUUCGCAGCUCACUCCUGCCUUGUGUUUAUUUGAGCGUGACGCGGAUCUGUCGUUACGGCAGUCAAUCAGCCCCCAGGAAUGGUUGGAGACAGUUGCUCCGGGGGCUCUAGACCUGCCCUGUUGGGACCUUCCCGAUAUAUCUUGCAACCCUUGCCCGGACUGGUCAGCCGAUGGCUCGAUGCCUGGAGGUCAAUCCGAAUCCGAGUCGAGCCCUGCUACUCUUCCUCCCCAUUACGGUGACCCAUCAAUGACCCGGUCGGAUCACGAGCAAGGGGGUGACAGAACCUUUUCUAUCCAUAUGCUGCAAAAGGAGUUUCAAACUCGCCAAGUAACAUUGGGCUUCGACAUUCCUUCGCUUUAUUCCUCCCUCCCUCUGGUCGAGAGUGAUCCGCCACGUGACGAAAACAUAAAACGAGCUGUAGAGCUUCUCAACUGCGACAUUGUAGGGGGUGACAAAACAUGCUAUAUAUUGCCCGACUGUCACAAAUCAACACUGGGGCCGAUGCUCGACAGUGAACCCCGAAUCAGUAGCUACAUCCAAGCAUGUUUUGAAUCACCCGGUGCCGGUGUCAAUAUGUUCCUGAGUAUGGCAAGUGCCCAGGAGUGCGUGGACGCUGUGCUGAGGUCCGACUGCUCAAAUCGAGCCACAGUGGUGGUAGCCUAUGCUGUCCUGGCGCUGGGAUGCUACCUUGUAAGCAUACAAUCGGGUAUUAGGAGUGCCGUUGAAGGCAUAACACGGGCCACCGGAUAUUUUCGUCGCGCGUUGUCUGAACUGAAUUGUCUUUCCAUGGAUAAUGCGACUGUCCGGGGGCUUCAGGGAAUUUUGAUCAUGGUCAUCUUCGCCGACAAGUCCGCUCAUCACUCCAAGUCCCGUCUUGUUAGCCUCGGUGUCCAGUGCGUGCAAGAUUUGGGACUUCACAGCUCUCGACGUCUGCGACAACUUUCCACCGGGACCGACGAAGAACGAUUGCUCAAGAAUGCCUUUUGGGCUCUCUAUGCUAUUGAAAAGGCCGAUGCGGUCGGCACGGGUCGCGGUUCGAUUAUGUGCGACAAGCACACCGACCAUUCGCCCAGCGAUGCGCUUCAGCACCCAGAUGAAGCGCGGUUGACGCUUCAAUGCUUGUACGGGCGCCUCUGCGAUCGUGUAAUAGAUUCGCUCUUUAGCCAGGCAGCCCUCCGAGUGACACGAGCUGACAUGUGUCGUCAAAUCGAAGAUGCAUAUUGUCUGGUUCAAGCAUGGUUGGGUAUCUUCCAGACAUAUAACAAUUCGCUCAAUACGCCUGCAGGACGCUUCUCCUGCCUUGGAGAGCAGGCGGAGGCCGAGACCCAUUUGAGCUCUUACUUCCUUAUCUUCCUAAUUCACGGAAAAUGGCUCCAUCUGGCCCAGCAGGGACUGGAUCCUGAGGAGGCAGAGGCCUAUGAGCGAAGUGAAACACGAUGUCUCGCAGCUGCUCGAUCGGUUUUAGAACAAUGCAGCCAGCAGACCCAUGUUCAGAUGCUGGCGAACAUGAGGUUUCGUUCGCUUCCCAAAAUCGCGGCAUGUAUUCUCAUUCUUACGGGGCAGUCAUGCGACCGAUCGGAUGAGCAGAAGAUGUACCUGAACAUGGCGUGUGGGUUUUAUAGUCGUCUUGCCAUCUUCAUACCAGUUCAGUUAAGUCCACUAAUAGAAAUGGUGGAUUGGAUGGAUACACAUACAUGGCAAUGA